AUGGAUAACAAUAGUAGUAGUGACGACGAAAAUAGCAGUAGCACUGACGAAAGCAGUAUUAGUACUAUUGAUGAUAGCAGUAGCAGCGAUGAUGACUCAAUUUCCUUAGAUGAUGUCAACAAAUUAAUGGCGGAAUUUGAGUCUGAAGUUCAUCCUCACUUCAGGGAAAUCGCUGCCGCUAUUAGAAAUGACGAUGAAUUUGGUCUCAGUGUUGCCCUAGAUAAUUUCAGCGGAAACAUUGACCAACCUUUGAUAAAUGGAGAUACUGCUCUUAAUUAUGCAUGUAAAAGAUAUAGUAAAUUAUGUUUCAAGCUAUUACUUCGAAGAGGCUGUAAUAUAGAGGCGAAAACUACUUCUGGAGAAAUUCCACUUCAUAUGGCGUGUGGAUCAGGUUUAUAUAAAAUUGUUCAAAUUAUAUUUGAUUAUACCGCUGAUCGAGAUAUUAUAAACAGAAUGCUUCAAUCAGUUAAUAUGUUUGGUGAAACGAUUCCAUGGGAAUUGGCCAAACCAAACUCAGGAAUUAGAAGAGUUCUAGAGGAAUCUGAUUAA